UUGCAGUUAUUCGUCGUCACUGUUUCGUCGCUGUACCUUGGAGGUUUUCUUGCUCACAAAGGUGCUUCAUAUUUGGAGGAGAAUGAGAUCUUUGUACCGGCUGAAGACGACGACGACGAUGACUGA